AUGAACGAAAAAUGUUUGUUUUGCCAAAUCGUUAAUCGCGAAGAAUCCGCCUUUAUUGUUGCCGAAAAUGCAAAGGCAUUAGCCAUUUUGGACGCUUUUCCGGUCAGCGACGGCCACACUUUAAUUAUCACUAAAGAACAUUUUCCGAACAUUGCUACUGUGGACGCAAAAAGUUGGGAAUAUUUAUUGCCUUUAAUCCAAGAAGUUAUUAAUAAGUUGAAAAAUACUAAAUUACCAAUGCUGCCCCAAGGAUUUAAUAUUGUUAGUAAUAUGAAUGAAAUCGCUUACCAGAGUAUUCCCCACGUCCAUCUCCACAUUAUUCCUAAAUACGAAAAAAACCACGGAUUUAUUUGGACCAGCCAACCGCAAUUAAAAUAUUCUUUAUCCGCGGUGGCUCAAAAGUUAAAAUAA